AUGUCCGCCGGUCAGCAUCAUCAAAGGAAGUCCAAAAUCUCCGAGGAGGUUCUAGAAGCACAACGGGAAAAGUCCCGAAAGAAGCUGGGAGAGUAUCGCAAACUUACAGACGCUCUUUCAAAAAAGCGACGAGAUGAUAUAUACGAUAACGAGGCGUUUGACCUCACGACAAAGAUCCUGGCCAUGUGUCCUGAAUACUACACCAUGUGGAAUUAUCGCCGGAAAAUCAUGCUGGACCGGCGGAAAACACUAUCAGACGAAGCCUACCAAUCCCUCUGCCUCUCGGAACUCAAACUGGCUGACGAAGCUCUCAAAGCUAACCCUAAAUCGUACUGGGUCUGGAACCACCGCCGCUGGCUGCUCGAAAACAUGCCGGAGCCGACAUGGGCGCGGGAGCUGAAGCUGCUGGGCGGGUUGUUGGAUAUGGAUGCGCGAAACUUCCACGGAUGGGGCCACCGCCGCUACGUAAUCGCAGCCUCGCAUGCACGAACCCCACUCGAGGAGUUCAACUACACGUCGGAGAAGAUUGCGCAGAACUUCUCCAAUUAUUCGGCGUGGCAUUAUCGGAGUAAAGUGCUGCUGCUGGCGUUCGACGAUGAAAAGGAGCGGGAGGGGGUGUUGGAUAAAGAAUUCGAACUAGUCCGAAACGCAAUCUACACGGAACCCGCAGACCAGAGCGCGUGGCUGUACCAGCGGUGGCUGCUAAGCCUCGUUGAAAACGACACAACCCGCUGGGAAUCCGAGCUUCAGUCCGUGCGCGAACUCGUCGAUCUUGAGCCGGAUAGUAAAUGGGCCCUCCUAACAAUGGUCCACAUGCUCACCAAACUCUCCAACCCCGAAAGCCUGACCGAAGCCCGCGAGAUCCUGCAGAGGCUGGAGGUGAUUGACCCGGAUCGGAGGGAGUAUCAUCGGGAUUUGGCGAGGGCGCUUUCUUGA